AUGCAGCCUGAGAUGGGGCCUGGGCCGGCAUUGCAGCCUCAGAAGGGGCCAGGAGGGCCAGCAGGGCAGCCUCAGCAGUGCAUGGGGCCAGGAGUGCAGCCGCAGCGGAUGGGUCCAGGAGCAGUGCAGAUGCAGCCGCAGCCUCAGCCAGCAGUGCAGCCUCAGAUGGGGCCUGGGCCAGCAGUGCAGCAGCAGAUGGGGCUUGGGGCAGUGCACAUGGGGCCGUGCCUUCAGCACGUGCCUGUGCCAACAGCCCCUCUCAUGCGAGCAAUGCCGGUGCCUAUGCAGCAGAUGCCAACCAUGCAACCGCAGAUGGGACCUGUGCCGAUGAUGGGUUUCCAGCAGCAGAGCAUGCAGAUGGGUUCUGUGUGGCCCCAGCAAUGUUCGCCUGGUUCGCCUGGGAUGUCUACAUCUCCGCAGAUGGGGGUCCCUGUGAUGACAGGCCCUGUAAUGCAGGGUUGCCUUCCACGCCUGCCCGGUUCUGCUGCUGGGUCUCAGCCGCACGGUGUGUCACCAGCAAUGCCGACAACGAGACUCCCCACGCCGGAGAGUGCAUCUAUUGACGCGAUGUACGACUGCCUGAAAGUCUUGGUUGGAUGUCAGGGUGGAGCUCAGCUGCCAGAGGACUUGAUGCUGAAGUACGAGGAUUUGCUGGUACACUGUGCCAAGGCCAGGGCAGGAUCAUCGCCUGUGGCGCAGUCGCACCCGGUGGCGCAGGUGGAGCAGCCGGCCCAGAGAAUGGAGCAGGUGGUCGAGCAGCCUGCCCAGCAGGGGUGUGAGAGAAAUGCGGAUGGCAAGGAUGUGGUGAUCGAUGUGGAGCCGGCUCAGCCGAAAGCUGUGCCAGAAGAGAGGCUGUCAGUGACGACGACAUCCCCAUCGCCGUCCCCGGACAAGGAUGCAGCAAGUGGCCACCGAAACGGUGGGGACACAGCGAAUGCAGUGGAGAAGGUGAACUCCAAGUCGCAUCCAGAGGCAUGGGGAGCCCUCUACCGAUAUGUUGCUGGGAAGUCCAGCAAAAACAAGGCUCGCCUGGAAGCUGUGUUCAAGCUCCGCCAGAUGAGCCGUGACUGGCGCAAGACCCUCCAGGGAUUUGAGUGGUUGACAGCAGAUGACAUGAAGCAGUUGGGCUGGAAAAAAAUCCUCGGGGCCAUAGCCCACUGUGAAAAGAAAAAGCUCUACAAGAAGUGCCCGUACGAGAAUAUUCGCAAAUUCUUAGUCCUCACAUCUGACAAGGUGGAGCAAGGUGCAGAAAGGAUGCAAGAACUGGAGGCCAUAUUGGAAGACUGUGGCACUUUCAACGAGAACUUCGACAUGACCCUUGGGAUUGGCGACCUCAUGCUCGAGGAAGAGGAUGAUCGUCAGGAGGGUAAGCCGAAGCCGAAGUUGGUGGGCGCUCUGCCGGAGGUCGAAGGUGAAGAGUCGGUCACAGACUACUUGUCUAAGUUCAAGCGGGCAUGCCUUGGCAAGAAGCAGCAGCACCGAGACAUCCUGGAGAGAUUGAAGGAUGACAAGGUCACGGGCCACGAGUCCAAGGCGGAUUUCGUUGACAUCACGGACAAGAUCAAGGAAGCGCUUCUUGUGUCGAGUAUUCUUGCCUAUGCAGUAAAUGUGUCGCAGCCGAAGCAAAAGGCCAAGGGAAAAGCAAAGGCAAAGGCCAAAGACGAGGAUGAUGAUCAGGACGGUGCCCGGGUCGUUCAGAAUGUCCUCAAGACCUACAUUGCUCCUCGGCAUUACAUGCUGAAGCAAACAGCAGCAGAUGGGGAUGCGUGGAAGAACACAUACAUCCAGCUGGGAUUGGCACACAACUCCACGAGUGACAAGGAGACAGUGUUUCUGGGAAACGUGCAGGCUCUGGGCUUCACGCUAGAGACACAAGUGCAAAUGAAGACUGUGGAAUUUCCGGGUGGCCCGAGGGCUCACCCUGUUCUGCCGAUGAAGCAGCUGGCGACAGAGAUUCUCCGAGAUUAUCCGAAAUUGCUAUUGUUUGGGCAUGAGUAUACGGAUUUGGUGAGAGUGGAGACGGAAUUGGCACAAUUCUGGGCCCGGUUCCGCAGCACCUGGCCUGACCAUGAUGUUUUUAUUACUCACGGAGACCAUUUGCAAAGAUGCAUACCAAUCAGAACACAUGCUGAUGAAGGCACCAGUUUCCGGCGAGCUGGAAUCUAUCAACAAAGCUGGGGCCCUAUUAUGAAAGCAGGGCUGAGGAGUUCACUGCAUUGCUUCUUUUACGCGGCAAUGCUGGCUGAUGACUACAAGGAUGCAACCAGGGAUGACCACGCUGGCUUUGGGCAAGGCAACAAAACCCUGGAUGGCCUUCUGAGGCACUUCGUGCAGGAUGCAAGAGACUGCUACUACAAUGGCGUUUGUUCGAGAAAUGGGAAAUUCUACCUUGUGCUGCUCCGUCUUGAAGGAGAUUUGCCAGCCCAGGCAAAGCUGGCACAUUCAGGCCGCAGCUUUACGAAUGACCCGAACCCGAUGUGCCCGUGGUGCUUAGCGGAUGGAAGGGAAAUGCCAUUCGGGGACUUCCGCCGGAAUGCCAAGUGGCGCUCGACGAUUGCAACCUCACCUCCUUGGAAGACAUCGAGUCCUUUGCAUGAUCUGCCGGGAGGUGAAGAUGACAGAUUCCUGGCCAAGGAUUUGUUCCACAUAACCCACUUGGGUAUAGCGAGGACCUGUGUUGCAUCUGUGAUAUGCUUUUUGAUUGCGAUUGGUGGGCACUUCCACCCCAGUGAGGGUGGUACGUCGGUGCCGGCAUGCUUGAAAGAGGCCUACAAAACCUUCGCUUUCUUUUGCAAGAGCAUCCUACACGAGACACCGGAUGUCAAGACCUUCUCACGAGACAACCUGGGCUGGCAGUCUCUAGCGAAGAUGCCGGAAGCUUCGUGGAAGGGCUCUGAUAUCCGCUUGCUCACGAAAUGGCUGGUGGACUAUCUGUCGAGGCCCUGGCUAUUCGAUGAGGUCACUGUGCAUGUGUACGAUUUUCUUACAGCGCUCGACGACUUUCAUCACCUGUGUUAUGUGGAUUCGAAUCGGGUGUGGAUGGACAAUGCACAGAUGCGGACUGGACGAUCGCUCCUCGGCCGUUUUUUUGCAAGCUAUGCGAAGGCUGCUCAGAUGUGCCAUGCUCGAAGGUGGUUGUUCUUUAACAUCACCCCGAAAUAUCACUAUCUGCUGCACAUCGAGCAUGAUCUCGCACUGUCGAAGUGCCACACCUGGGGCUUCAAUCCUGCGUGUUUCGCAACGCAAAUGGAUGAAGACUAUAUGGGGGAUAUGCUGAUGCGGGUGGCAGCCGCCGAGCGCCAGAAAGAACGGAUGCCUCGGCACUUUGGGCAGUAUCCGAACCCGGAGUGGCUGCCUCCCCAUCUUGAGGCAUGCCACAGACCCAGGGGUAUGUUCGUAGCACGGCUUCGACCUGGAAAAGCAGGGUGUGGUGCUGACAUCGCGACGGACGGAGCCUUCGCAAUGCACUCCCAGCACCCGCUGCUUCAGACACUUGGGUUUGCCCAGAAUACAACGCAGCACUUGGUGUACUGGGCUGAACGAAAGAUAGUCUUUUGGGGAGCGAGUGCAGCAGAAGCUUGGAGCAUCUGCCGCGACACCAUGUUCUUUUCCAGGAAUGGCAUGCUCCCGGCUUCCCGCCAUGGCCCCGGACCAAACAGAUGGAACAGGCGGGCGUGGCCAAGCUAUGCACAGCAUCGCAAGUUAAAGUUGAAGGGGCUGUGCGCGGGCAAAGUCUCCUUUGCCAUCAUGCUGUGGCAGGCGAGGUACAAGCAGGGCAGCCACGUGCCCGCAGCUCCAGAUUCCAAGGAUCAUGAUUAUGUGGGAGGUUCAGCUCCCAGUGACUCACUUGCCCAGUGCAUCAGCCACCGCAUUGUGGUUGGGAGGAUUCAAGAUGUUCAGAGGGUCGUCAGAGCAAACAUCCGGGAGUUCGUUACAAGCCCAGCUCUGUGGCUCCGCGUGCCAAACCCUUUCGACGUCGGCAUUGAUGCUCGUACUUGGAAGCACUACAUGGAUUGCGUGGAAUUUGAGUCCGGUAAGAUCACCCCCGAUGAUGACAUCGACGCACAAAGACAUCGAGACCUAAAGCGGCCAGAUCAGCAUUCUCUUUCCGAUCUGGAGCGGGCCAUAAAGCGUUUGGACGCUUGGACGAGGGUUAUGCUUCGCCUGAUUGAGCACGGGGAGACGGUGGACAUAACUCUUAUCCUGUCACCAGUUGACCCUCUCAUCUCCAAGAGGGCUUGGGAGAGGCACUUGUGGAGCGUGCGCUGCAGGUUGGCAGUUCUGAGCGGGCCUGUUGUUCCAACACCGCAGCAAGAGCCUCCUCCUCAUGAUUAUUCGGGUGGGAAGACAGUGGAUGCGGCUGCUGCAGAUCUUACCAGCUUCGUGAGGGAUCUUCACUUCGAUGACGCAACGCAUGAUACAGCUUUCAUGUUCGAUGUGGAGCUUGAUGACGAUGCUUUCCUGCAUCAGCCCCUUCCUUUGCGCCCCCUUCCACCAGAUCCAGACAGCCAGGAUGGCUUCAUCAGGCGGCCAAGGGCAAUCUUGGAGGAGCCCGAACAGGUUCAGCAAGUAACUCUCGCCGGAGAUGAUUCUGAUAGUGAAGAAGGCGUCUGGUAUCCAUCUUUCGAUUUGUCGGAUGGUGGUUACAACGAUGUUGUAUUGAAUGCAGUGCAGCCUCAGGACGGACAGAAGCCCAGCACCGACUACGAAGGAGGAGGCUUGCUGGAUGAACUGCUGGUUGAUCUGCCAGGUUUUUACUUCUCCUUCGACUACCUCAGAAAGUUAGCAUGCACCUGUACGAAGAUGUUGCGUGCCGUUCAAGAUCGUCGGCACUGGCGGGGCAGAAGAGUUUCAGUGAACACGGAGGAGUUUCAAGAUCCGACCAAGUUGCGCUGGAUGAUGGAGUCAUACUUGUGCGCGCACUUGGUCACGGUGAACAUUCGCCAGCUUGCCAUGUUCCAUGUCUUUCCUCGCAAUGUCAUGCUGGAGUGGCUUUUCGAGAUCAUGUUGGACGGCGUUCACAUUGCAACCGCCAGGGCUCGGGAAGGGGCGCCGCCUGCUCCACGGGCUUUAUCCAGGCUGUUUGUCUGGGCUUUUGCUCGUCCCACUCCGGACCUCGUCAGCAUGGUUCAAUUUCGCCCAAUACGUUCACCAGUGGAAAUGACAGCUACAAUCACAUGUGUCAUCUGCAACAGAGACUUCGGGCUGGGCAUGCCUCGCUGGUGCGUGUGUCCGCGUUGCGACACAUGGGUUUGUGCGGCUCACGCUGGACAGCAGCCUGAGCGCUUAUGUUCUCGGUGUCCGAACCUUUUGCUCGACUAUGUCGGCGGAAGUUGCAGAGAUGAGAAGCCGUAUCCCAACGCAGGAGGAUCGACAACAUCCACUGCGAUGACACCAGAACAGUGGUUGCGCCUCACUUUGCACCGACAGGAGGCUCUUCGCCGACGUCGAGGCAGCAGCAAGGGAUAUGUCCAGCUUGAGUCUGAGUUCAACCGAAUUUGGCAGGCGUCCAUGAGUCCCUUGUGCUGUCCCACGUACGGGCGCGGAACCUCGCAAAUUCGACUUCCCCUACCGGCGAGAACCCCGUUGACGCUGCCUGUUUUAGAAGACUGCCCGACGAACUUUCUGGAAUUUACCAUUCCUUCUGUGGAUUGUGAUCUUCUGCGUCUGGCACAUAAACACCCAAGAGACGACUCAAUACGUUUCGUGGAGGAGACGCACACGUAUUAUUUGCGAGAGUGCAGGAUUCCAUUGUCUGUGACGGGCCUAGUGCAUAAUUUCGCGGCAGAGUUUGAUGCUGACAAGGCGAUUCAGUGCAUGAUGCAGAGCAGACGGUGGCCUCGACCAGAAUAUUCUGUCGAGCAUGGCGGCCUCCUGAUUCCAAUGAGCCCGCCCCAAAUAAAGGACCUUUGGAAAGCAAAUGCAACUGAGGCUGCUGCCAGGGGCACAUGGUUGCAUCUUCAGUUGGAGGUUUUUCUCAAUGGAGGCAAAGUCCAUGAGAACAAGGUGGAGCUGCAACUCUUUUCAACGUUUCUUCAGCAGAUGCCAAAGCUAAUUGCUUUCCGCUCUGAAUGGUGUGUCUACGGCGAGGAAGAAAAGCUGGCUGGGUGCAUAGACUUCGUGGCACAAACACCUUCGUCGGAUGUUAUCCUUUUCGACUGGAAGCGCACAAAGCAGCUACGCAGGAAGUAUGUGUCUCUGUGGUCCACCAUGAAACAACCUCUUUCUCAUCUGGACGACUGUGCCGGCAUACAUUAUCGCUUGCAAUUGAACUUGUACAAGUACCUAAUCGAGAAGUACUAUGGCUUGCGUGUUGCUGCUAUGUACGUUGUUUGCCUUCAUCCCGACAACCAGGAAGAGGGUCCUUUCAUUGAUUGCGUGCCAGACAUGCCGUCAGAGGUAGACGCGAUUCUGGAGGUUCACCGGCUGAAGCUUGCAGGCCAGAGCUGCGAUUACAUCGGUGGAUCCUCAGGUUCAGGUCAGCUACCUCAGGCAGACGCAGCAGACGGAGAUUCUUCCCAGCUUGAUUCGGCGAUGCCAAACAUCGGUGAAGAUCCUGAAAAUGACCACCGGCCAUCUGAAGAAAUGGACGAGCAGUUGGACAGGGCCUCUCUUUCUGCCCUUACGCAAGAUUUGCAGGCUGCCAUAGAUGCGGUCGAGUGGGACGAAAGUAGCCGCGCGGUGUUGUCCAAGGCCAGAAAGAGGAGUGCAUUGCCUGGCGCCGCCAGUACAAUGUCCAGAUUUGAAAGUACUUUCAACUCUCAGCUGCAACGUGCGAGGGAGUCUCUGGAGACGGCCAUUCCAUCCAACCGCAACGAAGAGAACAACAUUCUUCAGCAGACUGCUACCAUCCGGCGCAACGUGAUUGCGCAGGCCGGAGAGGUCCCAGAGGACCUACUGAGAGUAAUUGUCGCAGCGACAGUGGUCUAUCGGAUGCGGCUGAGUGAUAUGCAUGUCCGAGAGCAAGUCUUGCUGCUCUGGGUCAUAGAAGGUGAGGUUCAUAUGAGAUGUCACGGAGGCGACCUUUACUUUUACCGCGGUGGUGCCUUCACUUUGCACCGUGGCAUUCCACCGCAGGAGACCUUGGUCCUAAGUGCCGUGAUGAAUCUGUACGUGGAGCACAAUCGAAACUCUCGAGAGUUCUUGAGUGCAUGCGAGGAUGCUGCUCGCGUUGCCGUCGUUAGUCGUUCUCGCUCUAGCCGCCGUCUUGGGGAGGAGGAUGCAGCCCCGGAGGUGCAUGACUGUUCGCUGGCAGAUGCUAUUUCCAAGGUCGGCUUAACCAUGCAGCGGCAUCUACUUGAUGACAAGAUUUUCAGUCUAGUGGUGGAGUGGUGCGACACACCGCUAACCCGUGCGUCAGGAUGCUCGUACCAGGACUGCACAGUGCUCUACGAUUGCAGUCAGGACAGUUAUGUCAACUUUGUCAGCGACAGCCCGAAGAAUAAUAUCUACACGCACAUCCCACACCCACUACGCGAUCCAGUGCUGGAAGAAGCUUUGCAACGAACGCUUGCGUUCUACUCCGAAACCUUCUGGCUGAACAAUGAUGUCUUUCGCUGCAACCAGGCGGCCAUUGCGCUCGCCAAACGAGGUGUGGGGCAAAGCCUGUACUCCAGCCAUCUCGAUGCGGUUUACGCUUCCAACCACAAAUUCAUCGACCCAAACAUAUGGUUUGAUGAGACCGAGAUGAGGAAACAGGUCGAACAAGCUGCCGGGUGUUUUAUUCUCACGGCGCAAGAAGCGCCCGAAACGAACAGGCGCAUGAGAGAAGAUCUCUACAAGAAGACUAUGUCGGCUGACGGCAUUGCAGGCAGACGACCUUAUGGAAUUAUCACCCGCAUGAUAGAGCUUGUUGCAUGGAAGAGGUAUGAGCUGAACCGACUCAUGAGAUUUGUGGGGGUAACAGAAAAGAAUUUCGAUUCCAUCUUCAGACGAUCCUGUGUCUGGUUGCCGCAAGCUCGUUUCAUUGAGGAGACCAUCAUCAAGAACAAGUUCACCGAUGCCAAUACGGCCGGCUACUUUCGCAAAGACGAUUCCCUGAAGAAAUUCCUUUCUAGCGGACCCUGUAUUGCAGCAGCAUUGCGGUUACAGCAUGGCUUCGAAGUGCAGCACUCUCGUGAGAUGUGCAAGGAUCUGAUCGAAGCAUAUGCCAAUCAGCCGCUAACCGAGGACGCAAUGAGGGAAGCGUGCGGUCUGCCUCGCAAACAUCGGUCGGGGCCGGACGGUGAACUCACCAUUCCUGUGGAUUCUUCUAGCCAGGAGAGUAAGAAAGAUACCGACCAGCAGUUUGUCAAUGUGGCUGAAGCCAUCCGGGAGGAAUGUCUGCAAAAGAGCAAGACAAUAUUCACGAAGGGUAUGUUCAAGUACCUGAAGCUGCCGACCGAGCACCCAACUGACAUGACAAGGGAUGCUAUAUGGGAAGUCCUACUUUCGCGCAAGUUGGUAAUGGCCGCCAACCUGGACAACUCCAAGUACAAGGAUGGCGUGAUGCCUUUCAUUCAGGUUCCGGUCAAGCUGGCCACUUUCGUGAACACAAGCCCUGGGUCGGAUGUGACACAUCGGCUUAAGAAGCGAGGCAAGCAGUCCGCCACUGCCAUUGAGAAGAUGGCCAACCUGGAGAAGAUGAGAAAGAAGUUGGUCGCGUCCGAAAGGAUGCUAGAAAGUCUUUUGCGUGACCAGCGUGCUCAGUCACAUGAAGCUCCGGAAGGUAAAAGGAGAAGGAUAGCCUGCAAGACAUCUGCCUGUGUUGUUAAUGCAGCAAGGGUGGAGCAGACGUUUCGGUAUCGACGCAACUUCCAGGACCUCAUUCGCACCAGAGCAUAUGUGGAAGGCGAUGGUGCUCAGAAGUGCUCUCGAAGGAUUCUGCAGAUACUUUGUGCUGAUACGCAUGAUCUCGACAUCUCCAAUUCCGUCUUCGUCAUUAUGCAUCAGUUGUUCGAACGGCUGGACAUGAAGAAGGUAAUGCCAGCACAUCUUUGGGAAGUUCUGAGAAAGGUAGCUACAAAUCGAAGCGGUGUCUGCAACGAAUUGGGGCUGACUGUCAAAGAAGGCAAGGAGGUGCUUCACUCGUGCCUUUUCGGUGCCAAUACUCCUGUAAGCCUUGGCACCAACGAGUUUAUGCAAUCAUUCCAGCGGAUGGCGCUCUUCAUGCGCUGGACGGCGUGCUCGCUGCUUCCCGAUGUGUAUGAACUUGUGAGGACUAUGAAAGAAAAGCGAAAUCCUGAUGCAUCGGUGUUAUUCUAUUUGUAUGUGCUGGUGGAAGACACUGUUCUACAGGCAUGGGAAGACCAUCUGGUGCGCCAAUUUAGCCCGAAACAUAUCUCCCUGCACUUCGACGGGCUACGGAUCGACGCGUCGUGCUUAUCUGGAACACCGUUGGGAGUCCAUUGUGCAGAAACGGAAAAGGAGAUCUUGAAAAGAACAGGGUUCAAGGUGACUGUUGUCGAGAAGCAGCACAAAUACUUCAUGGAGUUAUGCAGGCAAUAUGGAGCCGCAAGGGACGAUGAGGCUUUGCACGAUGCUAAGUAUGCGUGUCUGCGAAAAGAUGGCAACUGUAUUCUUCGGGCAGUGGCCCAGCUGUUUCCAGGGAAGGCGGCGCAAGUUCUGGAAUACGUACAGGAGUCCAGUGCUGCCAACAGCCAAGCUGCAUCGCAUGGAUCGAGAUGCUACAACGAUGUGCUGACAGCACUGGGCAUACACGCGGUGCCUCACCUGGGCUUCUCCAUUACGGAGCAGGGUAAAUACCUCGUGCACACAGAACAUACAGGGCGACCUCAUUGCGUGUCCGUUGACGUGGCGUUGACAGACGGUGAUGUCCUGUCUGCCGAAGUGGGUGGUUGUACUGAGACGCUGGACAUGCCGCUGACCAAGCUACAGGAUGCAUCUCAAAAUGCGAUGGACUCUAGUUCCAUUGUGACUUUCCGGCUGUUUGACCAACGUGGAGACGUGAACUGGCCAGCUGACGAUUUACAGGCGAACUUGGAAUUGCUGCUUCUGCUGCAUGCAGGGGCAGGCGCGGAGAGCUCUGAUGAUAUUUGGGUUCAGGAUGCAGCGGCUGUUUUGCAAUGCAGCAACAACGAAUCAGACGAUGAAUGCCCUGGUUCUUUGCCGACGGCAGAUGACGAAGACAUCGUCGUUUGUGCUCUCUUCGACCAGGAUCAGCUCAACAGAAAUUCCGGUUCGGAUUACUUGAAGAGAAGUGCUGAGAUUAUGUUCCACAGUAUUGUCCCCAAGCUCAACUGCUGCGUGAACGAAGUGGAUCGCUAUAUCCGUCUCGUCCUUACAGAAACAGGGCCAAUGUUUCAGAACAUUGAUGGGCUGGGAGACAGGCGCCUAAGGAGAGUCAGAAACCUUUAUAUGACUCGUGGAUUUGCUGAUUUGGUGUAUCAGGAGGCACUGCUAUGCAACGGAAAGUGCAAAUCAUUGCGUUCUCGAGUAUCUUACAUUCUUUCCCAGCGCGGUUGCACUCUUACGUCGCUCUUGCCGACAGACGUAAGACACUGGUGGCCACUCAUCGAGGACGUGUUCAACUCCCCGCAAGUCAAGCAGUUGCAUGAUGGUAUAACCCAUUUCCUCUGCUCUCGCGACGAGUACAAGUACAUAUCCAUUGAUGCAACGAUAAAAUGUUGUGUCUCCAUACUGGGACAGGCGUCAUGGCGCAGCAACGUUGUAACAAGAAAUGAGGCACCGUUUGAUGAUGUUUCAGCUGUCCGCCGAGUUCUUACCGUGCGAGGCCGUACCGGUGCCGUGCUGGGCAUGUUUGCAAUAGCGUCGGAGAAAGCAGAGGAAGUGGCAAUGGCACUUGGAGCCAAUCUUCCCUCGGAAGGCCUCCGGCAGGUCAGGAUGGUUGCAGCGGACAAUGCAUCGAGAAAACUAUAUCUACAUCUUCGGCGAAUAAUGCCUGGUCUGGAAAGUCUUUGCCUGGAUCCUAUUCACUUGGCAAUCACCUAUGAGUAUGCGACAUGGCGAAAGAAGACAGCAGGCGCAGUCUUCCUCAGGAAAGUCCUCAAGAAGCUGAUCGUGGUAGACGCAAACAAGUCGGAAGGUUCAUGGGGCGUCUACUUUCGUGGGUAUGAAGAAAGGCCUUUAUCCAUGUUGGAAUCUCGAAGACGAGAUUUAAUCACUUCGGGUACAAUGCUGGCGCCAAAAGCUAAGAGAAUUGUGGACAGUCUCGACAGUGCAGUACCAUUUGGCUGCAGACUGGAAUUCAUCGAAGCGUUGGCUGCACUCGCAGCGGUCUUCCGACUUGAUAUGGCACGAAAAGUCACCGGUGCCAAUAUACCACUUCAUCAGGUUCUGAAAUGUGCUUGUGCGCCUGAUCGACUGGAGUGGCUUUUCAACAGCCUCCGAUGGCGACAUUCGCUGCGUCCAUCGGAGAGAACGCUUCUCCCGUCUGGCACAAGCUCUAAUGAGGCGUUGCACAGUGAGGUGAAGAGUUGGUUCAAGCAGACACAGCAAAUGCAUCAAAGCACGCUGCAGCUAAAGCUGCGGGUGUUAACCUUAGGCAAAGUUUGCCUCAUUAUGGUGCUUUGCGAUAUCCGACUCUCAGUCAGAUGA